UGUGGCUUGUUGCAUUGAUGAUGCAUACUCAUUCAGUCAAGUUUCGGCUACAUCUUAUACAACCUGUGCUUUAAGCAUUGUGGAGGAGUUCAAACACAGAUGUAUUUAGAAUUAGGAAGUGGAUUCAAAAGUCCAUCCUAGUGUAGUUUAUAACCUACAACAGAUGAUAAUAAGGAUGUGAUUUAGUCUACUAUUUAGAGCAGAUUAGAGCCUGGAAGCUUUGAGCUGAGCCUGAAUGGGAGGGACCCAAUCAACGGAUCCCCAGAUGAUCUUCUAGAGACCUUUGGCAUCGUGUCAGGUGACCUGAUCAAAGUACUCGUCCAAAGCGAACCAGAUCCAACAUCCAACCAGAAUGGGGCGAUGUCAAGCAACGGUACAGGAGCCAAUCCAAGAGGGGGGAGACCACGUCCUUAUGCCCGCAUCAAUGGGAGCCUUGUCACUACCGGUGAAUGCACCCCAUCAGAGAGGAGACCGGAGCCUAGGGGUGCGGUAUCUGAAGAGGAGAAAGGUAACCAUGCCAAUCCAGAGGAUGAGAUGAGUACAGAGGAAAAAGAAGCCAGGGAACAACUAGCUAAACUUGAAAGUGAAGCAGAAAUGGGAGAAAAGAUCUCGGAACCCAUGCUUUGUAGAGAUGCAGAAGGUGACAAGAUUCCCUUGCGUUUGAAGGAGCUGUGUGAGGAGAUCCAACCAGAGAACUCUGGUGAUGCCUUGUGCCUAGUGCUUCAUGUGCUCAUGGUUGAAACUGGCUUUGCUGCCCAGCAAGCCACAGGUUCUUCCAGCACAGACAAACCAUCAUCUACACUCAUGGAAGGCACAGAGACAAGUGUGGAAGAGAACAAAGUCCUUGACCCAGACCCAUUAUCCACCUUGCCCCAUGGUUGGAAGACAGGGACAUCAUACAAGCUGCCCUAUCAACAUGCAGAGUGUAGAGGGGCAGAGUGUACAUUAGCUGGUGUUUCAAUGGGAAAAGCGCUUCUAAUUCAUGGUCUAAUUGGGAAAAACAUUCAUGCCACUAUGCAGCUAAAACCAGCCAUGUAUGCUUCGCUUGUGGAUAGUAUGUCUCAAGUUUCCUUUACCAGUCUUGCCUUUUUGUCCAGGAACUUUAAAGACACCAUAGCUUACCCUCUCCUGGCUGCUAUGAGAGCAGAACUUGGUCUUCCUCCAUUGCAUGGCCUUCCAGCUCUCUUUCCAGAAAUACAACUGAAGAUCUUAAGUUUUCUGGAUCUCCCUGAGCUGGUCACAAUGUCAACCUCUUGUCAACAUUUCCAUAGUCUAAUCAGUGACCCUUCCCUCUGGAGGCAGCUCCUGCUGAGAGACUUUGGAGGCAAAGGCACAGACAGGCACUGCAAUUGGAAAAAUGUAUACAAAGAGAGAUAUCGCUUAAAGAAGGUGAGGGAACAGCUCAGAAAUCGCAUCCAGAAUUCUUUCUACCCUCCUGGUCGACGCCCCUUUGCCUUUGUACCUCCAGUACCACUCCCUCUACCAGGCAUCUAUCCCCCUGGCUACAGAGGAGGUGACUAUGACAUCAACCCGUUUCGUUCAGGUGGUGCUCUUCCAGGUUAUCCACCCUCAGUCUUCCAGCCUAUCCCAGGCCCUCGUCACGACCCCAUCUUCCCCAACCCAGAUGCAAACCUCAGACCUGGUCACGGUGGAGGACUCAUAGACCUUGAGACGGGGAGACCACACCCUUACGCCCCUCAGCCACCUCGGGGAUUCCCUGGGAUGCCCGGGAGGAGGACUGAUGGUCGAUUCCCCGGUGGUGCAGGUGGGAUGAGAACCUUCUUCAGGUGAUGAGGAGCAGGCAUCUUCAUGGCAACGUUGAGAUGGAAGCAUCAUUACACGGUGGUGGAAGGCAUGAGCUAUCGUGACACGCCUUCAAGAAGCAUCGAUCAUGGGUAAAUUGAUGUAAAGAUCAAUGGAAGCGUGUUAUCAACUCAAUGUAGUUUCUGGAGGUGAUGAUAACUAUAAAUUGAUCAUCAUCUAUGUUCUGAAGUGAAUUAUGAAGUCGGGAGAGUAUUACAGUAAUCAUUUCAUGCUUAAUCUGACAUAUUGUUUCUGUUUUGAACAUGAUUUUGAGAUAGAAUAUAUGUGGAUUUAUAUGCUUGACAUACCAUUCGUCCAGUGAAUGAGUGUCAGAAUUCAAACCAUAGACUACAGGGUUUUGAUUGGAGCAAUUGUUGCAGGAGAGAAUGUUGGAUUACCUGAAUAUCAAUGGAUAAAUUCAUCAUUCUUUAUAAAAGAAUAAGGUCUUGGGUAGAAGUGCACUGUGUCAAAAGAUUUAUGUGCAUUAAAACUGUUCUUAUAUUUAACUUUUAAAAUGGAUGAUCCAAAUUUUUCACAAUCUGAGACUCAUUAUUUUUUUUAAUUUUCCUUUUUGCUAGGAGGGGGGGGGGGGGG